AUGUGGUUUCUAUGUGUUUUCUAUCACAGACUGUUAGACUUCAGAAAGCCAGAGGUGGAAGCUUUGGCAGAGCUCUUCGGAGAGGAGAUUGCAGAGAAUGAGACUCUCCAAUGGCGUCUUCCUGAGCAUCACCAUAACGAUACUCCAUUCCACUUCGUGCAACUUUCAUCUGAGGAAAUCGCCCAGAACAUCGCCAAGCGAAGCAUUUUGGUGAAAGGAAUGUACGAGCUUUGGGGUGAAGGAACUUGCUAUGAAGAGCUUAGAGACUCCAUUAAAAGCUACCCUGAUUCUCGGAAGCUCCCAUUUCUCACUCCUGGUUCAACCUUUAGGAUCUCUGUCGAAACUUUCGGAAAGGCUAUGACUUUCGAUGAGCAGAAGGAUAGAAUUUAUUCACUCACUUAUAUCCCAUUCGAGGGAAAGGUUAACCUGAAAAACCCAGAUCACAACUUUUUUCUAAUGGAAAUGGAUGAAUCUGAAGAGAACAAUGGACUUCCACCUAUUGUUCAACGAAGAAUCUUUUUUGGGAGGGAGGUUGGUUUUGCUGAUAGGAAGCUUCUACCGACUUUCCAGCUGAAAUCUCGCAAUUACCUUGGCCCAACUGCUAUGGAUGCUGAAAUGGCUUUCUUAAUGGCCAAUCAAGCGAAAGCCACGUCUGGAAAACUUGUGUAUGAUCCUUUCGUCGGUACAGGGAGCAUUCUUGUUUCUGCUGCACGUUUUGGCGCAAUGACAAUGGGUGCGGAUAUUGAUAUCAGAGUAGUGCGUGAUGGACGUGGUCCAGACUGUAAUGUUUGGAGCAAUUUCAAGCAGUAUGGACUACCUAUGCCAGUUGCUUUACUUAGAAUGGAUAAUAAUCUUCCUCCUUGGCGUUCCGGGCUUAAGGAGAUCUUUGAUGCGAUCAUCUGUGAUCCACCUUACGGUGUUCGAGCUGGUGGGCGUAAAUCCGGUGGGAGGAAAAUCCUUAGAGGGACGGUGGAUCCUUACACUGUCCCUGAGGACAAAAGAACAGACCACAUUCCAUCCACUGGUGCAUAUAGUCUAGUGGAGUGUGUUCACGAUCUGCUUAACCUAGCUGCAAGAAUGCUGGUGAUGAAAGGCAGGCUAGUGUUUUUCUUCCCGGUUUUGAGAGAUGAGAAUGGCGGUGAGGUUAAGUUUCCUGAGCACCCGUGUUUCAAGUUAGUCGCUGUCUCUGAACAGAUCUUGAGCUCGCGGUAUAGUCGGGUUUUGCUGACGAUGGUGAAAGUGGAGCCUUACAGUGAAGAGAUUGAAGAAGCUGCUCGUUUGAUGCAUUUGGAGUUUAGAGAGAACCAUCUUAAGUGGUUAGAGGAUGGUAACAUUCAUUCCUCUGUGUUUAAGCCUUCUGAUGCUUCUCAGAUACAUGCUGAUUCCAAAACCUUUAAAGAUCCAAAACCCAAGUAUAGAGGCAAGUAUGUGUAA